GAGGUGGCGGCUGUGAUGUGACAGCAGCGGCAGUGUAUUGUGCUGUGGGGACGACAUGCUGUUUGGUAACCAGCGAAAACAACCAAUCUGGAAUACAUUUCUUAACAGCUGCUGGGAUUUCUGUCAAACUCACUCUGUCCAAAUCAUUGGCAGCGCUGCUAAAUAAGAAGAGAAAACAGCUCUAGCUUGAAACAUUCCAGUGACGCCCCCUCCAUUUAGCACAGAUAACGCUAAUUACCAACGUUUAGUCACGCAGAAACGUUUAGUAGCUAGUUAGCUUGUGGAUAUUUGAAAAGCCUCGGGGCCAGGAUGCAAGAGGAGUAUUUGUGAAGAACGACCCCAUCCGCGUGCCAUGUCUCUGGUUUUCCCACGACCCAACACCAACGCAGUCCACGGCAAGAAGGAUAAGAGACUGAUGGCGGAAGUGAACGCAUCGCCGCUCAAGCACUUUGUCACAGCAAAGAAGAAGAUCAACGGGAUCUUUGAACAGCUGGGGGCCUACAUCAAGGAGAGCGCCUCUUUUCUGGAAGAUACUUACAAAAAUGAUGAGCUGGACCCGGUCACCACAGAGGAACAGGUCCAGGAGGUGCGGGGUUACCUUGCCAAGGUGGCAGGGAUCGGAGAAGUGCUCGCCCGCAGGCAUAUGAAGGUUGUCUUCUUUGGGAGGACCAGUAAUGGGAAGAGCUCAGUGAUCAAUGCAAUGCUAUGCGAUAAGGUGCUGCCAUCUGGAAUAGGACACACCACAAACUGCUUCCUGAGGGUGGAGGGCACCGAUGGUAAUGAGGCUUUCCUCCUCACUGAAGGCUCUGAGGAGAGGAAGAGCAUCAAGACGGUGAACCAGCUGGCCCACGCUCUUCACCAGGAUGAGGACCUAGACGCUGGCAGCUUGGUUUGCGUCAUGUGGCCCAAAGCCAAGUGUGCUCUGCUCAGGGACGAUCUGGUGUUGGUGGACAGCCCAGGGAUCGACGUCACCACAGAGCUGGACAGCUGGAUUGACAAGUUCUGCCUGGAUGCUGAUGUGUUUGUUCUGGUGGCGAACUCUGAGUCCACACUGAUGCAGACGGAGAAGUCCUUUUUUCACAAGGUCAAUGAGCGGCUCUCUAGUCCCAACGUUUUCAUCCUCAACAACCGCUGGGAUGCCUCAGCCUCAGAACCUGAAUACAUGGAGGAGGUUCGUAGGCAGCAUAUGGACCGCUGCACCAAUUUCCUGGUGGAUGAGCUGGCUGUGGUGGACCGUACCCAGGCCAGUGACCGGAUCUUCUUCGUCUCUGCCAAGGAAGUGCUCCAGGCUCGAGUGCAGAAGGCUCAGGGAAUGCCUGAAGCAGGUGGAGCUCUUGCAGAGGGAUUUCAAGCCAGAAUGUUUGAGUUUCAGAACUUUGAGAGGCGAUUCGAGGAGUGCAUCUCACAGUCAGCGGUGAAGACCAAGUUUGAGCAGCACACAGUGAGGGCCAAGCAGAUCUCUGAAGCCCUGCGCCACAUUAUGGAUUCUGUACACAUUUCUGCUCAAGAGCAGAGGGUCUACUGCCUUGAGACCAAAGAGGACCGUCAGGACCGAUUGGAGUUUAUAGAUAAGCAGCUGGACCUGUUGACCAUGGACUGUAAGGCCAAGAUCAAGAAGAUCACUGAGGAGGUGGAGAGACAGGUGUCUAAUGCCAUGGCAGAGGAGAUCAGAAAGCUUCACGUGCUGGUGGAUGACUUCCACAUGGACUUCCACCCUUCAUCGGUGGUGCUCAAAGUCUACAAGAAUGAGCUUCAUCGGCACAUAGAAGAGGGUUUAGGCAAGAACAUGUCAGAGAGGUGCUCCACGUCCAUCACCAGUGCCCUGCAGGCAACACAGACUGACAUGAUCGAGGGUCUGAAGCCUCUGCUGCCCAGCCUGGUCCGAGAGCAAGUAGAUAAGCUGGUUCCUCGUCAGUGCUUCAGCCUCAGUUACGACCUGGCCUGUGACAAGCUUUGUAGUGACUUUCAGGAGGACAUCAGCUUCCACUUCUCUCUGGGCUGGACCAUGCUGGUCAACCGGUUCCUAGGGCCCAAGAACACCCGGCGGGCCCUCAUGGGCUACAACGACCAGGUCCCUCGGCCCAUGGCCCUGACUCCGGUCAGCACUAGCAUGCCUCCAUUCCCACAAAGCUCCAUGACCCAAGAGGAGCUGAUGGUCUCCAUGGUGACAGGUCUGGCUUCCCUUACCUCUCGUACUUCAAUGGGCGUCCUCGUGGUUGGUGGUGUGAUCUGGAAGGCGGUAGGUUGGCGUCUAAUUGCCCUGUCAGUGGGUCUCUACGGGCUUCUCUACAUCUACGAGCGGCUCACCUGGACCACCAGGGCCAAGGAGAGAGCCUUUAAGAGGCAGUUUGUGGACUACGCCACUGAGAAGCUGCAGCUCAUUGUCAGCUACACCGGAUCCAACUGCAGCCACCAAGUCCAGCAGGAGUUGGCCGGCGUGUUCGCUCAGCUCUGCCAGCAGGUGGAUGUCACCCGCCAGAACCUCGAGGAUGAAAUCACCGACAUGAACAGGAAGAUCGAGCUGCUGGACGGCCUGCAGAGCAAGGCCAAGCUGCUGAGGAACAAGGCUGGGUGGCUGGACAGCGAGCUCAACAUGUUCACCCAGCAGUACCUGCACCACAGCAAGUAAACCAGACAAGAGCAUCCACCUGAGAGACUGAGCAAUACCACGGGAACAUGUGGUACACCUGCUGAAAGUUUGCCCCCUCUAGUUGACACACGUCUGCAUUUUUUUUUUUUUUUUUUCCAAGAAAAUAGAAAGAAAUGAUCAACAAUGUUCUCAACAGUAGAGUAGAAAUAAGAAGGGAUAGUUCAGAAUGUGAGCUGUGAGUGGAAGGUGUCACUGAGUGGUUGCCAAAUGGAGGCGUGGACAUGAGGUUCAGGAUGAGGUCUCUGUGUUCACAUGGUGACUCAUCGGGUCCCCACACAUCCCCUCGGUGCAUCUCCUGAGGCUCUCAUCUUAUGAGCACGUUCCUGAUCCUGAGGUCUCCACGUGGCUGACAGAUCUGACCCCAGAACAGAAGCGUUCUUAUCGGCAUUAAGUGACUCAUACCAGCUUCUGUUUUUCUUUAAAUUCCAGUUAAUGCUGCCAUAUUGAACUUAUCAUUGUAUUGUGUAGAAUUUUUUUUUUUUUUUUUUUUUUUUUUUUUUUUAAAUCUACAGCAGUUUCCAAAGGUCAGACUUUAGGAACCUGCUGUACCUUUUGAACACUGGACACAAGUGCCAUGCUGAAGUAUAACAGGCAGACCACAUGAGGGAAUGAAAAAGAAAGUGUCUUAUGUUGGUAGGUUGGUUUAUGCAAUGAGCUGAAGACAUGCAAAAUAAUUUAUUCUUCCAGCUGUUGAAGUUUGGAAAUUGUAGCCUUGUUUUUUUUUUUUUUUUUUUUUUUUUUUUUUUUGUCAAUCAGAAAUGAUCUCAGUUCAGUCGGUGGUUAUUUAUGAUGCAUCGUAAUGACAUGUUCACACUUUCUCUUAUGGUAUCAGUUAUUGUUCACUCUUAAAGCUUAAUUCCAUGAGCACUUGUUAGAGCAGUUCAGUCACUACACAUACUGGCGGCUGCUUAUUCAAGCACUUCAGUCUGAUUGCAUCUAAACUUCACGCUGUAUGCAGAAUAGCUCUGAGCUCAUGUCUAUCCUUUAAUAUUCCUCAGAGGAGGAAACAUGCAUCUUGUUUUUUGCGAGGAUACAUUUGUUUAGGCUGUGAAGUAAGUGAGCAGAUUUUAGCAGGUUUAACACUGAAGCAAGAAAAAUAUUAGAGAACUUAAAACACUUAAAGCAUCAGGCUGGUUUUAUUCUAUUUUUCUUCUUGCCAACAAAUUCCACGUGCAAAGCCAAAUCAACGAUGUGUUAAUCCAUCUCUCAGCACUUUCUGACCUCCCUACUUUCUCUGUGACUUCCAGCUUCAAGCCCACUGGUUCCUACUGAAGACAUCAAUCUUUAAAAACUUAUAUCAGGCUUUGGAUACACACAGAUUGUUAGUAGGAGACAUUCUUCGUUGGCUUGGGUCUUUUCAUGGCAUUUGUCAACAAGAAGAAAACAUAUAAAAUAUCACAGAACUCAUUAUUUAAAUGUUUAGUCUGCAUGGCUGCAAAAGAAAGUCGGAACCAUAAGCAAAACCAUUAAAUCAUUCAGGCGAGGCUGCCAGCUGAAAUCUGAUGAUCCGACUUUAUCUCCAAGUCAGAAUUCUGAGAUCGGAUUCAGAGUUGUAGCUUCUUCUCUGGAUUCUCACUUUUAGGGACACCCUCCAGAUUUUGUGACAGCGUUGGGCAUCAACAUAUAGGUCAUCUGUGAGGUACAGAAAUGACAAAGAUAUGUUGGAGAGGUCAUUUAGAAACAGCACUGAAAUGAAUUUUUAAACACUGUGAAAUGCUUCAUAUCCUGCUCACUGUCCUUUAAUAACCAGACUUAAGGGACUCUUUAUCAGAAAUAUUAACACACAUCAUUAAAUAUCAAUAUGAGUAAUCUGCUCUGACGCCUUCCAGCGGAUGUUCUCAGCAGCGAAAAGCUUUGAUUUUUAAAAAAAAAAAUCGCUGUGGAGCUCAAAGGAACUUAGUUAUGUCAGGUACGAUCAAACGGAAUCAGGAUGUGGAUCUGUGGAUCUCUGGUUAAUCUCAGAAUCCUGACUUCGCUCAACAUUUGUGUCUUGCACUGAAUGCAUGUGUGGCUUUGUUACCGCAGAGCUGACUCUGCUUUCUGCCUCUUCCAACGCCACACAUGGUUGUACUUAAAAAAGGGAGAGGGUGGAAUCUCAUCUACAUCUGAUGUGUAUUUAAAGUGGCCAAACCCAGCAACAAACCCAUUUUUUCAAAUAAAAUUAUUCUCUUGGUUUUUUUUAUUUUUUUCCCUCAAAUCUGUAUAUAAUGUAAUUUAUUAAUUCUGAUUGGAAACAAGAGGGAAAAUUCUGAGAGUGAAGGAAACCACAUCAGAGUGGACAGUGUACAGACAGGUGACAAUGUUGUGAAGCAUAUGCUGUGACCUUCACAGUCACCACAUCUAAAACCAGGUUUAACACCUCUGGGGGAUUUUGGAGUGACAUGUUGAGACAGUUCUGUCCACUACCCUCAUCCAAACACCAGAUGAGGGACUACCUUGUGAUGUUCAUCACUCAUAGAAUCAACAGCAGUGAAGCACUGAAGCUGCUCUGGUCUGUCUCAUAGUGGCCCAGCACCUCACUAAGACCCGUUAUGUUGGUUUUUCCUUGAAGUUGUCACCUGUCUGUAAGUCCUGUUUGCUGUAGCAUAAAGCCGUAGACUGCGUGUUGCUAAGUGAGCAGGAGAGCUGCCGUUCAACACUUCAUUCAGUGUAAAGACAUGCACUUUACCAAGCUGCUCCCCCCCCCCCCCCCCCCCCCCCCCCCCUUCUUCUACAUAAAAGUAGUUUUUCCCUAAAAUGUAAAAACCACACUGUCAAAUUGUGUUUGGCUUCAGGAAGGUGAAAAUACCUGCAUGCAGUGAUUGUUGUAGUUUGUUGACCUGUUAAAACAUAUGUAUGUAUGUAAAUUAAAUAAAUCAAUCAAAUAAAGGUGC